AUGGGUCAAGACCAUCAAAGAUUGAAUUCAAAGGUGAUUGCUCAGUACAUAUUCAUGAUGGUGAAAGAAGAUCCAACCAUCAGCAUAAGGGUUAUUCAAGGAGGUAUGGAGAAUCACUUCGGUUAUAAGACGUCCUACCGUAAGCUUUGGCUUGCAAAGCAAAGAGUCAUUGGUAGGAUAUAUAGAGAUUGGGAGGAGUCAUACAACGAGCUUUCUCGUCGGUUGUUUGUUAUGAAGAUGUACUUACCUAGGAAGAUUCGUACUUGGGUUCAACUUGUAACACAAUCAUGGCCUGCUUCACCUGAUACUGUCAUGUUUCAUCGGGUGUUCUUGACAUUUUCUCAGUGUAUUGAGAUUUUUAAGUACUUUGUCGAGGGUGAGAUGAAGGAGGCUUGGUCGUUUUUUCUUUCGUAUCUGAAACAACAUGUUACACUUCAACCAGGCCUCUUAGUGAUUUCAGAUAGGCACAAAUCAGUUGAUGCUGCGUUGAAUGCCAAUGGAAAUUUAUGGAAACCGCCACAUGCCUUCCAGGCGUUUUGUACAAGACAUAUAGCUGCUAACUUCAAGACUUACUUCAAGAACAAGGACUUGAAGAAGAUUCUUAUUAAUGCGGCAUAUUCCAAGUCACAACAGAAGUUUUCUCAUUAUUUUGGUCGCCUGAGGAGUGAGAAUGUUGCCAUCACAAACUGA